ACCAAACCUGGAUACCAAAAUUCACAGAUCUGAGACGAACACUCCCAUUUUUCCUCACCUCUCCAUACUCUUCCACUUGCCCAAAAUUCUCAGAUCUGAGAUUUCCCUCUAUUUUAAUAGCGCAUUUCAUAUGCAAGUCAGUGGAUCUGGUUUACAUUCGCGACGGAUUUCAAUUUUGUAGGGUAAUCGAAUUACAAGAUGGAGAAAUCUUGUAGUUUGUUGAUUCAUUUCGACAAGGGAACACCAGCACUUGCUAAUGAAAUCAAAGAAUCAUUAGAAGGAAGCGAUGUUGUUGCAAAGGUUGAAGCAAUGAAAAAAGCAGUGAUGUUAUUACUAAAUGGUGAAACACUUCCUCAACUCUUCAUAACUAUUGUUCGUUAUGUUUUGCCAUCAGAAGAUCAUACAAUUCAGAAACUGUUACUUCUUUAUUUAGAAAUUAUUGAUAAAACUGAUUCCAAAGGAAAAGUUUUACCUGAGAUGAUCUUGAUUUGUCAGAAUUUAAGAAAUAAUCUUCAGCAUCCAAAUGAAUACAUACGUGGUGUUACACUUAGAUUUCUUUGUCGUUUGAAUGAGACUGAAAUCAUCGAGCCUUUGAUCCCGUCUAUACUGUCAAAUUUGGAACAUCGCCAUCCUUUUAUCAGAAGAAACGCAAUUUUGGCAGUUAUGUCUAUUUAUAAACUUCCUCAAGGUGAACAGCUUCUUGUUGAUGCUCCUGAGAUGAUCGAGAAAGCUCUUUCAUCUGAGCAAGAUCCAUCUGCGAAGAGAAAUGCAUUUCUUAUGUUGUUCACUUGUGCUCAAGAACGUGCGAUUAAUUACCUUCUUACCCAUGUUGAUAGCAUUCCUGAAUGGGGAGAGUUGCUUCAGAUGGUUGUAUUGGAAUUGAUCCGAAAGGUUUGCAGAACUAAUCGUGGAGAGAAGGGGAAAUACAUUAAGAUUAUUAUUUCCUUGUUAAAUGCACCUUCUAAUGCUGUUAUAUACGAAUGUGCUGGAACCCUUGUUUCACUUUCAUCUGCACCAACGGCUAUCAGGGCUGCUGCCAACACCUACUGCCAACUUCUACAAUCUCAGAGCGAUAACAAUGUGAAGCUUAUUGUGCUCGAUCGAUUGAAUGAGCUCAAGACUUCUCACAGAGAGAUUAUGGUUGAUAUGAUCAUGGAUGUGCUCAGGGCACUUGCAAGCCCUAAUCUGGAUAUUCGCAGGAAGACUAUUGAUAUUGCUCUUGAACUGAUAACUCCUCGAAAUAUUGAUGAAGUUGUUCAAGCACUGAAGAAGGAAGUUGUGAAGACUCAAAGCACUGAGCUUGAGAAGAAUGGGGAAUACCGUCAAAUGCUUGUUCAAGCCAUUCAUUCUUGUGCCAUCAAAUUUCCUGAAGUUGCCAGCACUGUGGUUCAUUUAUUGAUGGAUUUCUUGGGUGAUAGCAAUGUAGCUUCAGCUAUUGAUGUCGUCGUUUUUGUACGUGAGAUUAUUGAAACCAACCCUAAACUUAGGGUUGCAAUUAUAACUAGGCUCCUGGACACAUUCUACCAGAUACGUGCAGCACGUGUAUGUUCUUGUGCUCUCUGGAUCAUUGGAGAGUACUGUCUCUCACUUUCUGAAGUUGAGAGUGGGCUUGCUACCAUCAAGCAAUGUCUUGGGGACCUGCCUUUUUUCACAGUGAAUGAAGAAGGAGAUGGCACAGAUACUUCAAAACCAUCCCAGCAAGUAAAUUCUAUCACUGUAUCUUCUAGGAGACCUGCAAUUCUUGCCGAUGGUACCUAUGCUACUCAGAGUGCUGCCUCGGAAACUGCCAUAUCUCCUCCUACUCUUGUUCAAGGAUCCUUGGCUUCUCCUGGCAAUUUGAGGUCUUUAAUUCUUACUGGUGAUUUUUUCCUUGGAGCAGUCGUGGCUUGUACACUGACAAAGCUUAUAUUGAGAUUGGAAGAGGUUCAACCAUCUAAACCAGAAGUGAACAAAGCAUCUUCUCAAGCUUUAUUAAUCAUGGUUUCUAUGCUGCAACUUGGACAGUCCUCCUUCCUUCCUCACCCAAUUGACAAUGACUCAUAUGAUAGAAUUGUUCUUUGCAUAAGAUUGCUCUGCAAUACCGGAGACGAGAUACGAAAGAUAUGGUUACAGUCAUGCCGUGACAGUUUUGUCAAGAUGCUUGCAGAUAAGCAGUUCCGUGAAACAGAAGAGAUUAAAGCUAAGGCUCAGAUUUCUCAUGCACAACCAGAUGAUCUUAUUGACUUCUACCAUUUAAAGAGUAGGAAGGGCAUGAGCCAGCUUGAGUUGGAAGACGAGGUCCAAGAUGAUCUUAAACGUGCUACUGGAGAAUUCACCAAAGAUGGAGAUGACGCCAACAAGCUAAACCGCAUUCUUCAGCUAACAGGAUUCAGUGACCCUGUUUAUGCUGAAGCGUAUGUUACAGUUCAUCAUUACGACAUUGUACUUGAUGUCACUGUGAUCAACCGUACAAAGGAGACCCUCCAGAAUUUGUGCUUGGAGUUGGCUACCAUGGGUGACUUGAAACUUGUUGAGCGCCCCCAAAACUAUACACUAGCUCCAGAGUCAAGCAAGCAGAUCAGGGCCAACAUUAAGGUCUCUUCAACUGAAACCGGGGUUAUAUUCGGGAACAUUGUGUAUGAGACUUCAAAUGUGAUGGAGCGAACAGUUGUAGUUCUUAAUGAUAUACACAUCGAUAUUAUGGAUUACAUCUCUCCUGCUACAUGUGCUGAUGUUGCAUUUAGAACUAUGUGGGCUGAGUUCGAAUGGGAAAACAAGGUGGCUGUCAACACAGUCAUUCAAGAUGAAAAGGAGUUCCUGAACCACAUUAUAAAGUCCACUAACAUGAAGUGCCUCACUGCUCCGUCUGCGCUGGAUGGUGACUGUGGGUUCCUAGCUGCGAACUUAUACGCCAAGAGUGUGUUUGGAGAGGAUGCAUUAGUGAAUGUGAGCAUUGAGAAGCAAAUUGACGGAAAGCUGAGCGGUUACAUUAGGAUAAGGAGCAAGACUCAAGGGAUUGCCCUCAGUUUAGGGGAUAAAAUCACUCUUAAACAGAAAGGAGCAGCUGUCUGAUUGAUACCUGACAUCAACCUCUGGUUUAUUGGAUUUUAUUCUUGCUCCAUCUCUCCUUGAAUUAUAUCCCUCCGUCCUUGCCAUUUCAUCACCAUGAUCUGCGAUUAUUACGGGUAUUUUUGUUCGGAAGUGAAAAAUCUGCGGCCUUCACAUGUGUUUCUUUUCUUACAUCUAGUACGAAUAGGCAGUGUUUUCUUAGGAACAGGAAUAACUGUUGUUCUCCUUUGGUGCUCAAUUUCUAUAGUACAAAAAUAUGUGAAUGAGAGACAGCUAUUUUUUUGUAUCUUUCUUUUUUGGGAUCGGGAUUACAUUUGACUAAUAUCUCUGAUGUUUUUUUUGUCAAAUUUCUUUGUUACAGUCUUGCUUAAUUUCC